CUGCUCGGAGUAGAUUAUUUUCACUUUCUCUUUAGACUUCAACACACUAAAGCUCGGUUGGGAUUAAUGAAAACUAUUUAUGGAUUUUAGUUUUUUAAGAAAAAAAAGAAGACUAAACGACACAUUAAAAAGCUUCUAGUCACUGCCAAGUACUCAUAUACACUGCCAAAUACUCAUCGCUACAACAGACUGCAACCCUGCAGCGCCGGACCGCGAUCCUCACCAGUGAGGGGUGCACACCUCUCCAACCUUCAGACUGCCAGACCGCCAUCUUUGAUGACCGGGACCAGGACACCAGGCUGCCGCAGGGUCUCCCUUUAAGGAAUUUUAUCCUUACAUGCGCAUCGCAGUGUUGUGCCUGCAGCACAACACAGCAAGUGAAAACAUUUACUGGUCAACAAACCACACUAUGGCAGAUGGAGGAAGGACUGUUAAAUUCUCAGAAAACCCAGAAUCUAUGGAUAAAGCACUUCCAUUUAGUGUGGAAGAAACAAGUGGUGCUAAUGAUGAAGUACAUGGGAUGACAUUGCCUGAAGAUAACUUGGAUACACAACAAGCCAUACUUGAGUCUCUAUCGCUACGUGCAUGUACUUCCAGUCCUCCUCUUCGAAUAAUUGUGAAAUAUGGAAAUCUUGAACACCAAAAGGCUGAUGUUCUUGGGUUUCCACUGCUGGCAAGUAAACCAGACUUAGAUGUUUUUAAUAUAACCAAAGAUUUAAAGUCAACAGCAGAAAAUACAUUUUCUAACCUUUUCAGUACUGUGUUAAAAAGUAAAAAGGCACUUCAACCAGGAAGUUGCGUUGAAUUACCAACUGCUGAAGCAAACUAUUCCUUGAACUGUAAAUAUGUGAUCUUCAUCAAUUGUAGCUCAUGGAGUAAUGCUUGUGAUUCCCCAGAAAAGGUACUGAGAGAUGGGAUCCGAACAUUCCUUAACAAAUCUAAUUCUAUGAAAGGCGUAAAAUCUGUGGCUGUCUCAGCUAUUGGUACUGGAGUAGCCCUGAACUUUCCAAAUGAAUUAGCAGCCACAAUAAUGGGGAAGGAAAUAAAAAGCUUUAUAGACAGGCACCCGGAUAGAAACAUAAAAGAGAUCCACAUUGUGAUCAAGCAGUUACAGAAGUAUGAGAACGUAUACAUUGCCUAUAGAGAAAUACUUCUAGCAAUGGACUUAGGACCACGAAUCAAGCUGUGCAAUAAAGAUGGAGGUUGUUUUACUACAAUAACUCCUGGAGAGCAUACACAAAAGAAAGCUGGGCGACUAACUGUAUCUGUGGUUUAUGGUGACAUUGUGACAGAAUCUACAAGUGCUAUAGUCAACCUCACCAACUUCACAACCUGGGGUGAACAUUCUGUGGCCAAAAUGAUUUUUACAUCAGCGGGAGCUGAUAUUAUCAAGAGUGCUCAGGAAGGUCAUGACUCUGGAAAAAAAUUAGUAAUGACCAGAGCGGGUCAUCUGAAUUGUGACUGGAUUUUACACUGCAACUGUAAUGGUAAAUUAAGCAACAUCUCUGAUCUGGUCUCUGAAAUCCUAAGUAAAUGUGAACAUGUUGGACUUAAGUCAGUGGCUAUACCCGCUAUUGGAACAGGUGAAUGCAGAUUACGCUGUGAAGAUGUGGCUAGAUGCAUGAUGAAAGGCAUUUUACCUGCUGCCGAGAAGACAAAUCUAAAAUGCCUCUCUUGUGUGCGACUCAUUACAUACAGCCCAUAUAUUUAUCAUGUCUUUUGUGCGGAGUUGCAGAAAUACUUCAUCUGAUCAAUAAAGAAUGUUAUGGUGUUUGGUGAGUAGAAACAUGUCAUAAACAUGUUUCUACUCACCAUAACAUUCAUAUAUAUAUGUGGUAAGCUUGGGGGUGUAGGGUAGGUAGUGUAUAGCUGUGCAGUGAUGAAAGGGUGUUGGAUUAACCCUUAACUGUCAUGACGCCAGGGUGCGGGUUUCUCUCUGUGCUGGAUGAUCGGAUCACUGCGGCAGCGCUGCGGGCGAUCUGAUCAUUCAUUUUAAUGACCGCGAUGCUGCAGGUGCUGUGAUCUGUAUUGAUCACAGCAUCUGAGAGGUUAAUGGCGGACAUCCGCAGGAUCGCAGGAUGCCUCUCUUGUGUGCGACUCAUUACAUACAGCCCAUAUAUUUAUCAUGUCUUUUGUGCGGAGUUGCAGAAAUACUUCAUCUGAUCAAUAAAGAAUGUUAUGGUGUUUGGUGAGUAGAAACAUGUCAUAAACAUGUUUCUACUCACCAUAACAUUCAUAUAUAUAUGUGGUAAGCUUGGGGGUGUAGGGUAGGUAGUGUAUAGCUGUGCAGUGAUGAAAGGGUGUUGGAUUAACCCUUAACUGUCAUGACGCCAGGGUGCGGGUUUCUCUCUGUAUAUAUAUCCUACCACCACCCAUCCAAGGAACGAUAGGGAGGAAUAAAGGAUUGUCCAUAACCAGAAUUUUAGUAAACUGAAGAUAACUUUACUGCAGAUUUUAUGCAGGUUAAGCGUAGUAACAGUCUUUACAGAGGACCAGACUUUAGGCUCCUCACAGCUUUGGUUGGGACCUUUUAGGGAAUAAGCUUGAAGUAUUUGCUUUACGCUGUUCCACUGGAUCUAGGGUUAUUGUUUAGGUCCAGCAGUCACGUAGGAUUAGGAUUGAGUUAGAUUGAACUCACGGUUUUGUAUUCGGCUGAAGUUAGCAGGCUUCAGGCCUAGAUUUGUCUUAAAGGUAUACACAGAGCUUCUCUCUCUCUGCUAGUCCAGAACCCAAGAGAGAUGUUACUGCUUUGCAGACAAGAAACGAGAGCGAGGAUUGGAUAACAGUGCUCUUAUAUCUACAGGGGCAGGCUUCAAGCUUAUUGGUCCCCCAGACCUGUCAGUCCUAUUAAAAAGCAUUGUGGUACAUCACAUGACAUGAGCACAUGACCUGGAAGGUCCUAAAUCCCUUAAGGACUCAGCCCCUUUGGGCCUUAAAGACGCAGACAAUUUUAUUUUUACGUUUUCAUUUUUUUCUCCUCGGCUUCAAAAAAUCAUAGCUCUUUAGUAUGAGGGCUUGUUUUUUGCACGACCAGUUGUCCGGUGUAAUGCCAUCACUUACUUUACCAUAAAAUGUACGGCGCAACCAAAAAAAUACUAUUUGUGUGGUGAAAUUAAAAAGAAAACCGCAAUUUUGCUAAUUUUGGAAGGUUUUUCACAUUUGUUUUACUUUUUAUUUAUUUUAUUUUCUUACUUUUAUUUUUACACUUUAAUAGUCCCCACAGAGGACUAUUUAUAGCAAUCAUUUGAUUGCUAAUCCUGUUUAUUGCUAUGUAUAGGACAUAGCACUGAUCAGCAUUAUCGGUCAUCUUCUGCUCUGGUCUGCGGGAAGGCAGAUCAGAGCGGAAGACGCCGGGAAGGCAGUGGAGCAAGGUGAGGGGACCUCCGUCUGCCGUGCUGGAUGAUCGGAUCACUGCGGCAGCGCUGCGGGCGAUCUGAUCAUUCAUUUUAAUGACCGCGAUGCUGCAGGUGCUGUGAUCUGUAUUGAUCACAGCAUCUGAGAGGUUAAUGGCGGACAUCCGCAGGAUCGCGGAUGUCCGCCAUUACGGGCAGGUCCCUGGCUGCGAUUAGCAGCCAGGACCUGCCACGCAUGAUCCGGGCAUUGCUCCGAUGCUCGCGGUUAUGCUUAGGACGUAAAUGUACGUCCUGGUGCGUUAAGUACCACCUCACCAGGACGUACAUAUACGUCCUACGUCGUUAAGGGGUUAACCUUAGCAGAACAAUAUAAUUAUUAAUCAUGUGACCUAAGGUCCUGUAAGCAACAUUUACACUAUACAAUAUAUAAAAUAUAUACAUAAAAUUAAAGGAGGAAGAGGUGACUAGGGGUUAUCCCACUAAGAGCAUCCUAUCAGUGCGGAGGAACUCUGACUUUGGGGACUUAUUACACAAGGUACAAUACACGUACAG